AUGUCUGAACUAACUGAAGCACAAAUAUCACUCCUCAAAGAUGAAGCACUAAGAGCACGCGAGUCCUCGUACUCUCCCUAUUCAAAAUUCAGAGUUGGCGCCGCUGUUCUUACGGUGGAUGGUCACGUGAUUACUGGAGCCAAUGUUGAAAAUGCUCUGUAUGGUGGAGCCAUUUGUGCAGAAAGAACAGCUAUCGUACGUUCGGUGGCUCUGGGUCAUCGCAAAUUCCAGGCAAUUGCCAUUUCAAGUGAUCAGGAGGCGCCAAUUUCUCCAUGUGGAAUUUGUAGACAAGUGAUUCGGGAAUUCUUCGAUUUGGGUGCUCCUGUAUACAUGUACUCUUCCUCUGGAGACAAGUGCAUAGUACGGACCCUUGAGGAGCUUUUGCCGCUUAGUUUUGGACCUGAAAACCUUGGCCAGUGA